AUGACCAGAUACGUUGGAUGUAUAGAUCUUCAUGCUGGAAAGGUGAAGCAGAUUGUCGGCUCCACUCUAACGACGAACGAUAAGUUACUAGCUACAAACUAUGUCUCUCCACAUACCCCAGCAUACUACGCCGAGCUCUACAAACAAAACAACGUUUUAGGAACACACGUCAUCCAGCUUGGAAGCAAUAGUGAAAACAACUGUGCAGCAGAAGAAGCGCUCAGAGCUUGGCCAAACAAGCUGCAAGUUGGUGGUGGAGUCAAUUUGGAAAACUGCAAAGAAUGGAUUGCCAAGGGUGCUGACAAGGUGAUCAUUACCAGUUGGUUGUUCCCUGAUGGGGAACUGAGCUGGGAGAGAUUGAAGCAAGUCAGUGAAGCUGUUGGAAAAGAGCAUUUGGUGGUGGAUGUGAGCUGCAAGCGUGUGCCGAAUGCCGAGACAGGCGAGAUCACAUGGGUGGUAGCGAUGAACAAGUGGCAGACGCUUACCCAUACGACGUUGGGGAAGGAGCUUUUCGAGCAGCUGAAGAACUACACCACCGAACUUCUAGUGCAUGCUGCUGAUGUGGAAGGUCUUUGCAAAGGAAUCGACGAGGAAUUGGUGAGCAAGCUUGGAGAAUGGUGUGAAGACUGGCCCGAGGCCAAGAUUGUGUAUGCCGGCGGAGCCAAGAGCCUAGAGGACCUGAACCUUGUCGACAGGCUCAGCGGCGGGAGGGUCGACUUGACAUACGGGAGCUCGUUGGACAUUUUCGGCGGGUCCGUCAAGUACACCGAUUUGGUAGCGUGGAACGCCCGGUUCGGCAACUGA